AUGUCGAAACCGCUUCGCGGAACCGCAAUCAUUACCGGGGGCAAUGGGUCCCUCGGCUCAGAAGUAGCGAUUGCUAUUGCAAAAGCCGAGCCGUUCGUACACCUGCUGCUGCUAGCGCGCGAUAUCAGAUCCGACAGCGUCAAAGCGCUGUUGGAGCGAAUCCGACUCGUCGGACCCCGGUCCGUGGAGGUGGCCAAAGUCGACUUGGCCAGCUUCAAUUCCAUCGUCAGCUUCACCCAGAACACGGUGGAGAGAGUGCGAACGAAAGAGAUCCCGCCGGUGAUGCUUUUGGUCAAUGCCGCGGCCGUGGCAUCGUAUGUCGCGGACCCAGUCACGCAAGAUGGCUACGAUCCCGUCUACCAGAUCAACUGCAUCGCGCCGUUCUUACUAACGGUCAGCUUACUCGAGGCCUUCCGCGCCGGGGAUGGGACGCCGGACGGAGGCGCCAGAGUGAUCAACGUCGGCUGCUCUGCCAUGUCCAGUGGCUCGUUGGACUAUUUCGACGAUACUGACCCGGACAAAGGCCUCAAAGCCCCGGGCACGCCAUUGAGCGCGAAGGAAGGGAACGCUCGGUUUGGCAGCAGCAAACUCAUUAUGAGCGCCGCCAUGUAUGCCUUGCGCCGCAGUUUGGUUUUGACGGGUAAUAUCUCGCUUAAUAUAUACACACUGGAUCCUGGAGGCAUGACGGGGGCCAGCCAUCUCACAGCAGAUGUCCCCUUAUCGGUCCGGAUGGCACAUCAGACGCGGUCUAGCCUCCGGCCAUUCUUGCGAGUUUUCUCCAAGAGCGCUAUCAACAAGACCAGUGUUCCAGCCAAGGUGAUUGCGAAAGUUGCAUUCCAGAGAGAAACAGUGGAGCUCUGGGGCAGAGAGCGCUAUUAUAUCCUGGACAGCGAAUACGAGGCCGGAUCCGUCAUCCCGACGCUGCGAGACCCGCCCCAGAUGGAUGCGCUGCUGAAGAAGAUGCUUCGACAGGUUGAGAUCGGAGUCAAGGGGAUGGGUUCGCCAGACUCCAGGAUAUCGCGGGUAACCCGAUGA